AUGAGGCCGACACCCCUGCUGCAGCUGGUGCUGCUUCUCGCCUUGCGCAGGAGCCUGGAGGGAAAAGGGUGUCCCUCUCCGCCCUGUGAGUGCCACCAGGAGGACGACUUCAGAGUCACCUGCAAGGAUAUCCACUACAUCCCCAGCCUACCUCCCAGUACACAGACUCUAGAGAUUCGGAAUACCAGAAGCUUAACUUAUAUAGAUGCUGGGGCCCUAAAAGAGCUCCCCCUUCUGAAGUUCCUUGGCAUUUUCAACACUGGACUUAGAGUAUUCCCUGACCUAACCAAAGUUUACUCCACUGAUGUAUUCUUUAUACUUGAAAUCACAGACAACCCGUACAUGACUUCAGUUCCUGUGAAUGCUUUUCAGGGACUGUGCAAUGAAACCUUGACAGUGAAACUAUACAACAAUGGCUUUACUUCAGUCCAAGGACAUGCUUUCAAUGGGACAAAGCUGGAUGCUGUUUACCUGAACAAGAAUAAAUACUUGACAGUUAUUGACAAAGAUGCAUUUGGAGGAGUAUACAGUGGACCAACCUUGCUGGACGUCUCUUAUACCAGUGUUACUGCCCUGCCAUCCAAAGGCCUGGAGCACCUGAAGGAAUUGAUAGCAAGAAACACAUGGACUCUAAAGAAACUUCCACUUUCCUUGAGUUUCCUUCACCUCACACGGGCUGACCUUUCUUAUCCGAGCCACUGCUGUGCUUUUAAGAAUCAGAAGAAAAUCAGAGGAAUCCUUGAGUCCUUAAUGUGUAAUGAGAGCAGUAUUCGCAACCUGCGUCAGAAAAAAUCUGUGAAUGCUUUAAACGGCCCCUUCUACCAAGAAUAUGAAGAGGAUCUGGGUGACAGCAGUGCUGGGUACAAGGAAAACUCCAAGUUCCAGGACACCCACAGCAACUCUCAUUAUUAUGUCUUCUUUGAAGAACAAGAAGAUGAGCUCAUUGGUUUUGGCCAAGAGCUCAAAAACCCCCAGGAAGAGACCUUACAGGCCUUUGAUAGCCAUUAUGACUAUACUGUGUGUGGGGGCAAUGAAGACAUGGUGUGUACCCCCAAGUCAGAUGAGUUCAAUCCCUGUGAAGACAUAAUGGGCUACAAAUUCCUGAGAAUUGUGGUGUGGUUUGUUAGUCUGCUGGCUCUCCUGGGCAAUGUCUUUGUCCUGGUCAUCCUCCUCACCAGCCACUACAAACUGACUGUCCCACGCUUUCUCAUGUGCAACCUGGCCUUUGCGGAUUUCUGCAUGGGGAUGUAUCUGCUCCUUAUUGCCUCCGUAGACCUCUACACUCACUCUGAGUACUACAACCAUGCCAUUGACUGGCAGACAGGCCCUGGGUGCAACACAGCUGGUUUCUUCACCGUCUUUGCCAGUGAGUUGUCAGUGUAUACACUGACAGUCAUCACCCUGGAGCGCUGGUAUGCCAUCACCUUCGCCAUGCGCCUGGACCGGAAGAUCCGCCUCAGGCAUGCAUAUGUCAUCAUGGUUGGGGGCUGGGUUUGCUGCUUCCUGCUUGCCCUGCUCCCUUUGGUGGGAAUAAGCAGCUAUGCCAAGGUCAGCAUCUGCCUGCCCAUGGACACCGAGACUCCUCUUGCCCUGGCAUAUAUUAUUCUUGUUCUGUUGCUCAACAUAGUCGCCUUUAUCAUCGUCUGCUCCUGUUACGUGAAGAUCUACAUCACAGUCCGAAAUCCCCAGUACAACCCGGGGGACAAAGACACCAAAAUUGCCAAAAGGAUGGCUGUGUUGAUCUUCACUGACUUCAUAUGCAUGGCCCCCAUCUCAUUCUAUGCUCUGUCAGCACUUAUGAACAAGCCUCUUAUCACUGUUACCAACUCCAAAAUCUUGCUAGUUCUGUUCUAUCCACUUAACUCUUGCGCCAAUCCAUUCCUCUAUGCCAUUUUCACCAACGCCUUCCAGAGAGAUGUCUUUAUCCUGCUCAGCAAGUUUGGCAUCUGUAAACGCCGGGCUCAGGCAUAUCGGGGCCAGAGAGUUUCUCCAAAGAACAGCACUGGUAUUCAGGUCCAAAAGCUUACCCAGGACAUGAGGCAAAAUCUCCCCAACGUGCAGGAUGACUAUGAACUGCUUGAAAACUCCCAUCUAACCCCAAAUAAGCGGAGUCAAAUCUCAGAAGAGUAUAAGCAAACAGUUUUGUAAGCUGACAGGGGUACGGGGACUUAUAAAAGGCUGGUUUCCUAAACAUGCAUUCCAGCCCCAUGACACAUACAACACGCAGCUGACCUAAUCCUUGUUCGAGGUGAUGUUUCAUGGGGCAAGAGAUCAUCUCUGGAGAAGGACUAGCAUUAACCUAAUCAUCACCUCUAAGAAGGAAGAGAAGCUAUCAGCAUGUCUGAAUCCCAGGUGAUAUCAAAAUAAUCUAUACUUUCUGGAAGAUUUGCUUUAUGCUAAGUGCAGAGAUGACAUUGUGUAAAAUAUCGAGCUCAGUUGACAGCUUGACAAAUGUCAGCUGAGCCAUGUCAUCACUGAGCUUCUCACUUUUAUAUAGCAUUUCAUACUAAGGAUUCAGCAAGUCGUAAAUGCAAUUAACUUGGUUGGUGACCACAAGAUAAAAUUGGCCCUGUGUUGGCUCAGUCCAACAUCAUGUUCCCUGAUACAACCAAGGAGAGUUUGCGUUCCUUGAAACUGAAAAGUUAAACAAGACAUCAUGCAAGGAACAGCUAUUAUGAGACAUGAAGGAGGGGAAACGCUUAGCUUUGAGUUGUUUUUUCAGACUCUGAAAUUUAAUCAUCUCUUCACAAGGAUCUACCUUAUGUGACCCAACUAUUAUGUGUUGCCUGGAAAAACUGGCAAGAUUUUAGCUUAUGUGGCUGAGCAAACUAAGAAUUGCUCCUCUUGGCUAGUCUUAUAGCAAAAAAGAUGUGAACUCUAAAAAGUAUUUCUAAGUAGCAACAAGUGGGAAUUAUGAGUGGAGCACACUGCAUCACCUGUUGAUUAAAAAAGCAGGCUGGAUACCAGCUAACUGUUGGACCUUGGGCAAAUCACUGGACCUCUCAAUUCUGUAGAAAUGAAGGAGCUUUAUGGCCUCUUCCAGUUUUAAAACUCUGUGUAUAUCCCUUUCCCUCAAAACAUAUGUUUCCAUGACAAACAGAAAGAAAAGUAUUAAGGAAGCAGAAUCUGUUUUUCCUAUCUUGUAGAGCUGCCAUCUCCUUCUCUUUGCAGCUUAGACAUAUGACACAGGAAAUUUUUUCUUUGUUUCAUUUUUGGUUAUGAUGUCCAAACCAAAAGUGACCAUAUUGGGCUGGAUAUGAAUCAUUCAUCUAAUUGCUAGAUCUACAUAGCCAUAAUUACCAGGCUGAAAACAAAUUGGUAUUCAUAUAAUAGAAUAAAAUGUGGUUUUGCAAAUUUUAGUUAUUUAGAGUUACUACUUCUCUAUGAAGAUUCACUUGAAAACAUUUCACUUGUUUUCAGGGAUUGGUUUCUUUACUUAGCCGUUUCCAAUCUGUGAUACAACACUAAAGCCAUCAAGAGAGGUUUCUUCUCUCUCAAACUGCCAGCUCUUUCCAACCUUAUUGAUCACUGGACAUAAAAAUCUCUAUUUCCCAACAGUGCUCCCUUACUUAAAACGGUCAGGAUCUUUAUCUGUAGAUGUACUCUCCAGGUUAUCUGUCAAGACAGCUCCUAAUUUCAUCCCAAGCAGAGGUGGCCUUUGCUUCUCAGUGCUCAUGAACCACACCAGGAAUUAAAAGCUUUUGUUGUUUUAAGUCUGCAAAGCGGAGUUAGUGGGCCCAAUGGGCCUCCCAAGAUGGUCCCCCCGACUCACUUGGAAUCUCUCCAUAGCCAUACCCAUUCCUGAUUAUCAUUGAGACUCAGAUGUCUUAAUAGAAAUAUUAGACACACCUAAUAUCGUGACUCAUCCAUCAGUUCACUUGUAACUAAUGAAAUUAAACAAACAUGUUACCAUUUAGCAUGUGUUUCUUGCCUGUGACAUUUUGAAAUAUCACAUCCUGAUAAAUAAUGUGUUUUAUCUUGAGUAGUUGAAAUAAGGCUUUGGAAACAGUCCUAGAAAAGUAACUUCAACAGAAUUGUUGCUAAAACUUGCGUUUGCAACAUGAAAUAAAUUUUCUUCCUCUGAAAUGAUUGUUCUGAGUCCUACAGUAUUGCUUUUUGUAAUUUGUGAGCUUCUUUUAGGGUUAUCAUUUUACGUGUUAAAAACUAAAGACAGGAAAAAAAACAA